CACAGUUGUUGCAGUUUUGGCCAGUGUGUGGUUACUAAUACCAUAAUGGAGCUUUUCAACUGUCUGUUUGGUGUUGUUGUGGUGGUUGUUGUUUUGGCUUGCGAUGUUACUGCGCAACUUCCUUGGAUGCUGCCUGUGCAGAAGCACCAACCUCCUCAUCCUUCUCAACUCCCUCCACAACAGCCGAAGGUCCCUCCACCUGCAGCUCCCUUUGAUAAAUGCCAGGUGGACGGGGGUGAGAGGAUCCAGUGUGGGCCUCAAGAUAUCACUGCAGAGCGGUGUGAAAACAUAAACUGCUGCUUUGAUGGGUGGCAGUGCUACUAUGGGAAAGCAGUGACUGUGCAGUGUACCAGGGAUGGCCAGUUUGUGGUGGUCGUAGCUCGUGCUGCCACUGUGCCCCACAUAGAUGUGGAUUCAGUCAGCCUGCUAGAAACAAACGACCCCUCCUGUACCCCGGUCGACUUCACCUCUGCCUUUGCAAUUUUUCAGUUCCCUGUGACUGCAUGUGGUACUACAUUCAAGGAGGAAGAGGGUUACGUGGUGUAUGAGAACCACAUGUCUUCCUCAUAUGAAGUGGGACUUGGCCCCCGAGGAGCAAUCACCAGGGACAGCCAUUUUGAGUUGUUGUUCCAGUGUCGCUAUUCUGCCACAGCGGUGGAGGCUCUUGUCAUGGAGGUGAACAGCGUUCCUCCACCUGUGCCCGUCGCUGCUAUGGGACUCCUCAGAGUGGCGCUGAAAAUCGGCAAUGGACAGUGUCACUCAAAGGGUUGUGUGGAAGAAGAGGCAGCGUAUAGCUCCUUCUACACGCCGGAUGACUACCCGAUCACUAAAGUGCUGAGGGAACCAGUCUAUGUUGAAGUGAACAUCCUGGAGAGGUCUGAUCCAAACAUCAUCCUGAACCUGGAGCACUGCUGGGCCACUUCCACCCCUAGUCCUAACAGCCUGCCACAGUGGGACCUUCUGGUUCAUGGGUGUCCCUACCAAGAUGACCGAUACUUGACCACAGUGGUUCCUGUGGGUGGCUCCUCUGGGCUCCCUUACCCAACACACUACAAACGUUUCAUCGUUAAAAUGUUCACGUUUGUGGAUCAGAACACCUACAGUACUAACAAAGAUUCGGUGUAUAUCCAUUGUGCUACAGCAGUAUGUUAUCCCAGCAGCACAAACUCUUGUGAGCAGCCAUGCCACCGGCAACGAAGAGCUGCAGUGAGGAAAAGUUCCUCUAAUCGGCAGACUCUUGUGUCAAGUGGAGAAGUGAUCAUGACAGAACAGAAGACUCCAUCUACUAACAUCAAAUCGAGAUGACAAUCCACUGGCAGCCAUAUCUGGCCCUGACUUUUAAUAAAAGCUUGUUAAAAGCUCAUGCUUA